AUGGCUUUUGUCCGUCACUACCAGGAGAUCCACGAUCAUAUGGAGAUGACAAAAAAAAGAGAAGAGGAGGAAUUCAAUUCUCUAAAGGCUGCUGGGAGCUUGUGGACAUGUCAGUGUUGCUUCGACGACGAAUGCAUGCCUUCCCAGUGCUCAACGUGCGAAAAUACUCACGUUUUUUGCAAUUCCUGCGUUAUUAAGGGAACCGACACAAGACUAGGAGACGGCGAGACACGUGUCCCAUGCUUCCUUAACUGUGGAAGUGAAUUCAGUAUAUCUACUCUACAGCAUGUUCUUCCGCCGACCAAGUUCAGCAUUUUGCUAAAGAAACGGCAAGCUGCAGAGGUCAUGGCAGCUGGGUUGGAAGGGUUAGUCUCUUGUCCAUUCUGCCACUUUGCUUCAAUUCCGGCAGAAGGAGAUAAAGUCUUCAAGUGCUUGAACCCUGAAUGUAUGAAGGAGUCAUGUAUUCAGUGCAAGGAACCGAAUCAUGUGCCGUACAAGUGUGGAGAGCUGGAUAAGAAAGACAAGGCCAGGAAGUACAUCGAGGAGAAGAUGACCCAAGCGCUGACACGUACUUGUUAUCAGUGCAAGAGGGCCUUCUUCAAGGAAGAGGGAUGUAACAAGAUGCUGUGUCCCUGUGGAGCUAUGAUGUGCUACAUUUGCAAUCAGCCUGUCAAGGGUUAU